CAUAUUAUAUUUCAACCGGGAAAUGAUACUUGCCAGCCAUGAUAUCUCGGUUUGCAAUGACACAAAAGAGAAGUGUUUCUUGUAUGAUAUUGUUGCAAAUGGUCGAACUGGAAUAGAUGUUGACAAGUUUGACUAUAUUCAACGAGAUUGCCGAGCUUGUGGCCUUGGUUGCAAUUUUGAAUUUCAGAGGUUAAUGGAAUGCAUGCAGUUGAUAGAUGAUGAAAUAUGCUCUCGUGCCAAGGAGUAUCUUACAGUCAACAAACUAUUUACCACCCAGGCUGAUCCCUAUCAAACAGUAUAUACGCAUGCAAAAGUUAAGGCAAUGGAGCUCAUGUUUGUAGAUGCACUUCUAAAAGCAAACUGUCUUCUGAAAAGAAGAGUUUUAGAGAUUGAGGUUGAAGGAAUUCAUACUCCUACCUCUUCAACACAAGCCCAAAUCCCCUCUUUGUAUCUUUAAAAUCAUCAGUUUCGAUCUUGGGAAGAUCAAGUGAUACAUGGAUUGGAGGAGAAGGAAUGCUCCAUGCUGUAUACUUUAAAAAAGACAAUCAAGGAAAGUGGACCUUGUCCUACAAGAACAGAUACGUUGAAUCAGAGAUGUACAAGCUUGAGAAAGAGAGGAAGAGGCCCUCUUUUCUUCCUGAAAUUGAGGGGGAUUCUCCAGCAAUCCUAGUUGCUUAUUUACUAAAUCAGGUAAGGCAAUUAUUUCUUCUAAAUUAGGCCAUAGAUCUGUUUGAAAUGGUGGAAAUAAAUCAUGUAAGGUUGUUAAAAUUCAUGUUUGUGAUUAAUUAAAUCAAGUCCCAGUUAAUAAUAUUGUAUUCAUUAUAUUUUUCUGGAGGCAAAUCAUCUUUCCAACCUGAGUGGCUGCUGCAGUUGGAUAUAGACUCAUUGACUUGAAGCUGAUUUUUUUCUCUGCUUUAGGUAAAAGAUAUAGUAGAAGUGGAUUUUUUAUCUCCUUCUCAUGAUUCUAGGUAUUUUCGUCAUCUCUCUAUAGCUGAAUCGAUUUUAGAAUUUUCUUCUUUUCAUUUUUCCUGCAAUUUUAUAUGAUGAACUGUCAUUACGUUUCAUCUUUUCAAUUUUGAUCGAAUUUCUGCUGUUUCUCUACUUGGAAUUUGAGAAUCAAGGAAUAUCUUCUCUUCUUGAGGUGAAUGUGUAUCAUGUUUGGAGCUAAAAUACAAACCACAUGUUUGGAGGCAAGUGGCUAUCUAUAAAAUAUAGAGCAUGGCUGAUGGGGCUAUGUUGGAAUUCACAGCUCAGGAUUCAGAGAUUUCCUUCUAAAGCCGGAGCUUCUUCAAGCCAUUGUAGAUUCAGGAUUUGAGCAUCCUUCAAAAGGCAAAUUCUUGUCAAGUUCUUCUCAUUUUCUGUUUG